CAUUUUUUAUAAUAACCAACACUACCUCUCUUUUAGCAAACUGAAAGAAGAAAUCAUUCAGAUAUCCGGAAUCUUGAAAAGAAAAAAAGAAACUAUGGGUAAAAAAGGGAAAUUGGAAUGUAUUACUAGAAUUUAAUAGUAGUUAUAGUGAAGUGGAAAAAGGGAAGACGCACGUUGAUUCAUGAUGUCACAGAGAAGUGUUUGUUUCUUCGUGGAGUUUAUGUACGGCUCUAUCUUGUUUCCAAGAUGCGCAGUUUUUGCCUUUUGCAAACCACCAUCUUGUUCCACUUACUCUCAUUCUUUGCUUUAAGUAUACAGCAAUAAUCUUCCGAACGAGACACUGCUACAAACCUAGUAGACCUACUUCCUUGUUCUUGCUAGAAUUGGUUUUGGUGUGUUUGCUUCUUCCAAUGAUGUUAAAAUAUGAAAGCUUUGUCAUUUAGUUUUUACUUGCUUGGAGGGAGGCAUUGAAUUGAAGUUUGUCGGCUUUGUAAUGGAAAGUCUAGCUUUUUUCUGUUAAAAAAGAUUUGGCAGUGGGGUGUUAAAAAGAUGAAUACCAGAGUCAGGGCGUCUCUGCAGUCCAGGAAAGUUUCAGGGAAGCAUGAAAAAGAGAAGGCAGAAAUGCUGGGGACCAAGCCAACAAUUACCGCAAAGGCAAUGGAAAAUCUACGAGCCUCAAGCAAAGAAAGAAAAAUGGCCCUACAACAAGAUGUUGAUAAACUGAAGAAGAAGCUUAGACAGGAAGAAAAUAUUCACAGAGCUCUGGAGAGAGCUUUUAACAGACCUUUGGGAGCUUUACCUCGUCUUCCUCCGUAUCUCCCUCCUUCUACAUUGGAGCUUUUAGCAGAAGUGGCAGUACUGGAAGAGGAGAUCGUCCGGCUCGAAGAACAGGUGGUGCACUUUAGACAGGACUUGUAUCAAGAAGCUGUCUAUAUAUCAUCGUCAAAAAGGAACAUAGAGAAUUCAGUUAAUUCAGCUGAUUUGACUGAGCCUUGCCUGAAUAAUAGUUCUAAACCUCAGCAACCUAAAAGUUUAACUCGAAGUACAUCCAUGGCUAGGCAUUUGCGAUCCUUUUCAGAUGAUGCGAGGGGAAAAGAGAAUCAGUCUUGUACGAAUUCCACAAAGAGCAAAAAGGGAUCCUUGGUCCAUAAAAGCCAAUCAGUAAGGACUCCUGUGAAGAGACCUCUGAUUGAUUCAAAGCCAGCAGAGAAACGUUUAGAUCCUCAAAACUUGCAGCUAGAAUGCAGAGUGAGUGAACAAGAUAAUGCUGAAGCAAGAAAUAUUAGCACUCCAGAUGAGAGAACAUUGGGAGACGAUGGCCCAAAUAAAGUUUCUGAGGAACUUGUAAAAUGCUUGUCCAGCAUUUUCUUAAGAAUGAGUUCAACAAAGAGAAAGUCUACUGUAGAAAGUUUUCCUUCCUUAUCAAUGUUAGGGUUCCAAGAAACUAGUGAAGAGACAAAAUUUGGGAAUCCUUAUGGUAUUUCUUCAAAUUUUGGAAGGAGAGAUGUCGGCCCAUAUAAACAUUUACUUUCAAUUGAUGCUGGCUCAAUUAAUCUAAACCGAACAUCAAAUUCUUUAUUUCUGCUGUUCAGGUUGAAACUCCUCCUAGCAAGACUGGCCUCCUCCAACUUGCAAAACCUCAGCCAUCAAGAGAAGCUUGCAUUCUGGAUAAAUAUCUACAAUUCCUGCAUGAUGAAUGCAUUCUUAGAACAUGGAGUACCAGAGAGUCCAGAGAUGGUUGUGGAAUUGAUGAGAAAGGCAACCAUAAAUGUUGGGGGACGCUUGCUAAAUGCAAUAACUAUUGAACAUUUCAUUCUCAGAUUGCCUUACCACUCAAAAUUUACCUUUUCAAAAGGUGCCAAGAAUGAUGAAAUGACUGCCAGGAAUGUAUUUGGAUUGGAAUUAUCUGAACCAUUGGUAACAUUUGCCCUCUCUUGUGGAAGCUGGUCCUCUCCCGCUGUGCGAGUAUAUACUGCUUCUCAAGUUGAGAACGAAUUGGAAGUGGCAAAGAAAGAGUACUUACAGGCUGCAGUUGGAAUUUCAUCAACCAAGUUUGCCAUCCCUAAGCUGUUGGACUGGUACUUGCUUGACUUUGCUAAGGACUUGGAUUCAUUGCUCUAUUGGAUUUGCCUUCAAUUACCUAGUGAACUAGGAAAAGAAGCAAUUAAUUAUCUUGAAAGAGCUGAAAGUGAGUCUCUUUUACAGUUUGUUCAAAUUAUACCAUAUGAGUUCAGCUUUAGGUACCUUUUAUGCACAUAAUAAAUUAUUUUAGCUUCAUUUAAAAUUUUGCUUUCAUAUUUCUGAGGGUGUUGGAGAAUUGCUUUUAUACACAAUCUUAGAUUAGAAACUACAUAACUAAGUUGUAAUCUAGUCUCCUAUUUUUAAUUGUAAGUAGUUGUGAGAGGAAUGUUCAUCAGGGAUUUCUGCAUUUAAUUAAUAAGUACCUUUUGGGAAGAACUACACAGAAAAGUGAUUCUUUUUUCCAAUUUGUGCCUACUGUAUCUAUAUUUUUGAUGUCUCAAACUAUAUACAGGAUGAUCUAAAUUUCUCAAUUGAAUAAUUAACAUGGAUAGUGUAUCCAGGUUUUCAGUUAUCUUC